AUGUCCUUUGAUAGACAGUUGACCGAAGACCAGGAGGUCGUCCUUAAGCAAAUUUGGACACACCUUUUCCAUCUGUGGCAAGUGCCCGUGGACGGAAGUCAUAUCUUUCACAAUAACUCCCUGAACUCCUCGUCCACUCCGCCAAAGAAGAAGAAAUCGUCCUGGUUCAGCAAGCUGCAAUCCUCAGACCACACACAGGACUCUAGCGAAGCCGCUGAAGCGGCACACCUCUAUGAAAAGGGCAAAAUACACAAGGCACUAGCUAAUCUAGAUCCUCAAACAACUAAGAAGCAGUUCUGGCACGACAUCAAGAACGAAACUCCAGAUGCCACCAUUUUGAAGUUCAUCAGAGCCAGGAAGUGGAACGCAGACAAGACCAUCGCCAUGUUGGGUCACGAUUUGUAUUGGCGCAAGGAUACUAUCAACAAGAUUAUAAACGGCGGUGAAAGAGCUGUGUACGAGAAUAAGGAGGCCGGUGUCAUCAAGAACUUGGAGUUGCAAAAGGCCACUAUCCAAGGUUACGACAAUGACAUGAGGCCCGUCAUCCUGGUGAGACCCAGAUUACACCAUUCUUCCGACCAAACUGAACAGGAGCUGGAGAAAUUCUCGCUAUUGGUCAUCGAGCAAUCCAAGCUUUUUUUCAAAGAAAACCAUCCCGCAUCCACCACCAUUUUGUUCGAUUUGAACGGAUUUUCCAUGUCCAAUAUGGACUAUGCCCCCGUUAAGUUUCUAAUCACCUGUUUUGAGGCUCAUUAUCCAGAAUCCUUGGGCCAUCUACUUAUUCAUAAGGCUCCUUGGAUCUUCAACCCGAUUUGGAACAUUAUCAAGAAUUGGCUGGAUCCGGUUGUCGCAUCCAAGAUCGUGUUCACUAAGAACAUCGACGAAUUGCACAAGUUUAUUCAGCCUCAGUACAUUCCUAGGUACCUGGGCGGGGAAAACGACAAUGAUUUGGACCAUUAUAAUCCUCCAGAUGGCUCUUUGGAUAUCCAUCUGAAAGACACCGAGACUCGCUCUAUGAUCGAAAAGGAGAGAGAAGAAUUGGUCGACCAAUUUUUGGAUGUCACUGCCCAAUGGAUCGAACACCAGCCAUUGAACGAUCCAGCAUACAUUCAACUGCAGGAGAAAAGAGUACAACUUUCCACCGCUCUUUGUGAAAACUACUCCAAGUUAGACCCGUACAUCAGAUCAAGAUCUGUUUAUGACUACAAUGGUUCUUUGAAAGUUUGA